AAUCUGUUAAUCGCGAAGCAUCGUCAAGAAGCUCUCUCUCUCUGGAUUCUUUUUUUUUUUAAAAAAAAAAACACAAAAGAGCUCUCAUAUUCAAUCAUCAUCUCCGAUCUCGUCAAAAUCCAAUAACAAAAUGGCUUCGACAUUCAGUGGCGAUGAAACCGCUCCGUUCUUCGGAUUCCUCGGCGCCGCUGCCGCCCUUGUUUUCUCCUGCAUGGGAGCUGCGUACGGUACCGCGAAGAGUGGAGUUGGCGUUGCAUCGAUGGGUGUGAUGCGACCAGAACUCGUGAUGAAAUCCAUAGUUCCGGUUGUUAUGGCUGGAGUUUUGGGUAUAUACGGUCUGAUCAUUGCUGUGAUCAUCAGUACCGGUAUUAACCCUAAAGCAAAAUCCUAUUAUCUUUUUGAUGGAUAUGCUCAUCUCUCUUCUGGCCUUGCUUGUGGCCUCGCUGGUCUCUCUGCUGGUAUGGCGAUUGGUAUCGUUGGUGAUGCUGGUGUUAGAGCUAAUGCCCAGCAGCCAAAGCUUUUCGUUGGGAUGAUCCUCAUUCUCAUCUUUGCUGAAGCACUUGCCCUCUACGGUCUCAUUGUUGGUAUCAUUCUUUCCUCCCGAGCUGGUCAAUCGAGAGCUGAGUAAAGAGUCCCUCUACUUGGUGUUUGGAUGGCCGUUGUUAUCUAUGUAUAAAUAGUUAUAAGCUAGCAAGGAUAGCCAGAUUAUUUUUUGCCAAGGUUCCUUGAUUCUGCACUUUCCCGCUCUGUGGGGAAAGAACCUGAUUGACCUUGCCAUCCAUCAAUGGAUGUCGCAAUUGCUGAUGUGUACACUGAAUAGAAUGAUAACGAGGGGGCGGCGGCGGGGGCCAUGCUCGUUCUUAAAGCCACUUAUUUUGUAAUUUCUUAAACAAGUUACAUGAAUAGGCCCCUCCUAAAAGUUGAAAUUAGAUUUUAUCCCCUACAUGGCAAUUCACUUUUUUUAUAGGAGUUGCUUACCAGUAUCAAAUGACAGCUUGGAGCGAUGUAGCCUUUAAUUUAAUUUAAUACGAACGAUAAUUUGAAUUCAGUUUUUGCUAA